CGGGGGGGGCGGAGUGAGGGCCGCAGAAGAAGGCCUCUCGCCUCAUCUUCUAAGCUCCGCCCUCGGCGACGUCCUCUAAAUACGUCCUUCCGCCCGCUUCGUCCUUUCUCUUCUUCGCCACCAUCCUGCUGCGUGUGGCUGGCUCUUUGUCGCCAUGUCCUCUCACAAGACUUUCAGAAUCAAGCGAUUCCUGGCCAAGAAACAAAAGCAGAACCGCCCCAUUCCCCAGUGGAUUCGGAUGAAAACUGGUAAUAAAAUCAGGUACAACUCCAAGAGGAGGCACUGGCGAAGAACCAAGCUGGGUCUAUAAGGCGUCACACAUCAUGAGACGAAACACCUAAUUGGCGCUCAUAUUUAAUUAAGCUGCGUAACAGAUCAUGUAUUCUCUAUCACUCUGUAAACAUCCUUCCUACCUGGCCACAAGCCACGUUUUAUCAGGGAGAUGAUUUUUCUCUGUUCCUAGGCCCUGCACCAGUAGAUUGGUUCAGUAAUAAAUGUGAGACCUUUCAGCUCUAA